AUGGAUGCAGGAGUAGACCCCAAUAAAAUUUCUAUCAAUGAUUUACCAAUAGCAGCAAAAAGGCAUCAAGAAUUUCAAAAAUUGUAUUGUUCAAGUUUUGCAGAAGCCAAUGAAGAAUUACAACAAUUGUUAAAAUUGAUAAAAAAAUAUUUUGGAGAAUCUAUAAAUAAAUUGUCAAUAACUCCAAUAAUUCAAGACAAUUUGCAAUUAAUUGGGAAUACUUUUAAAGGAAUUAAUACUGUUUGGGAAGCUAGAGAUUUAACUAUACAAAAUAAGUUAUCUAGUGCUGAUUUUGUUACUGAUUUAAAUUCUGUUCUCGACUGGUUAAAUCAACAUGGUGAACCCUUCCUUCAUAGAAAAACGGGAAUAGGUGUUGAUCCAGAAUCAGCUAGCAUUUUAACCCAAAACCAUCAAAAAUUUCGUGCUGUAGCUAUAAAUACAAAUAAAAAUGCUGAACAAAUAUUUAAAUUGAGACAUGUUUUAGAUGAUGCUGAUGAAUCAGUAAGAAUUGAAGCAAAUAAAAAAGUGGAAGAAUUAUUACUUAAAAUUAACAAUUUUAAACGGUGUAUGGAACACAGAACAAUUUUACUUCAUCGUGCCUAUUAUUUUUAUUUACAUUAUGAUGAAAUUAUGGAUUGGUAUAGUAAAUUGGAUAGUCGUGCUAAUUAUAUUCGUAUAGUGCCUGAAUCUGUAGAUCAUUGUGAAAAAAAUAAAGCUACUUUUCACCAUGACAAUGAAUUAACUGACCAAGCAUAUGGUAGAGUAAUGGCUGAAGCUGAAGAAUUGUUACAAUCGUUGCAAAAACAACGUGAAUUGCUUGAUAUUGAUAAUAGUGAAUCUGUAACACAUGUGGAGCAUUUAAUAAAGGAUAUAGAAAAUCGACAUUUAAACGAAAAAGAACGUUGGAAAGAACAACGUAUAUAUUUAAAUACAGCUUCUAAAAUCUCAACAUUUCUUCGCGAUUGUUUUGAAAUUAAAAAACAAUUGGAAAGUUGGCGACAAGAUUUGCAGGGUUUACGGCAUUCAGUUAGCAAUACUGUUGAAGUUAUUAAACAAUAUCAUACUCAAAAUACUGUUAAAGUUCAACAAGUUGUUAGUGAUGCAAUGAAACAAUUGUCUGAAAUACUUGAGCUUAUAAAAACUAAAAAUUUACAUAUGGUUUAUGCUGCAGAUUCAACCAUUCCUGUUGAAGAAGCUAUAGUUACAGCUGCAAAACAAUUGCAAAAUUUGGAAGAUGAAGCUAUGAAUAUUGCCAAGGACAUAUCUCAUCGAAUAGAAUUAAGUAUCCAUUUAAGCAAACUUAGACAAAUGGCACAUGAAGUUGUUGAAGCAAUAGAAAGACAACAAAUGCGUUUACGUCAAUUUUUUCAUAUUCCAGGAAAUGAACAAGAAACUGAUUUGGAAACAAAAUAUUUUAAUGAAUUUAGAAUUGAAAUUGAGGUAGAGAAUUUUUUUUGUGGGAUUGAAAAAAAUUAUUAUUUUUUAUAUUUCGGGAAAUAA